GAAACGGAAGGCAGCUGGUGGACGGAUUCCAGCGCACGCUGUGCGGGUUUCCUUGGUCUGCUCCCUCCCACCUCAGCUGAAUCACAGCACCCAGAGUUCUUCUUAGUCACCAUACAUUGUAGGUGGUGCUGAUUUGGAAAAUGCCUACGCAUCUACAAAAUAGGUUUUGUUGGGGGUAAGGAAGGUGAAUAAGACAGCUUGGAAGUAGGGAAGUUCUCCAAACCUGUUUAUUCUGCAGGUAUCAACAGUAAAGCCAAACGGUAGGAGAAGCCAUCUGGGAUUGGGAACAUCCGCUUAAGAGCACGAACUAGUCCUCAGAUCUUGAGGAACCUUUAGAGGAAGCAAAAAUGUCAUCAUUAUCAAGGAGAGCAAAAUUAAAAGUUCAGGCGGUGGUGGCAAAAGAAGAGUUGCCUUCUUUCCUUGAAUCUUCUUCUGAAUCUGAAGAGGAAAAUGAUAAAGAUAGUUCUUGGGAACCCCAAAAGAAAGCUUCUAAUAGCUUGAAGGCCAUUUCUAAUAAAAACAAGCCAAGGAAAGUGUCUGUGGAGAAGAAAGCCCCUCAGAUCAGCAGUACUCCAAGAAAGGUGGCUAUUAAAGAAGAACUGAAUAGCUCUGUGCUUAUUGAUGAUGUUUCGGAAGACAGCAAAGAUGAACUCAAAGUUUUGCAGAACCAGAAAACUACAAAUACGACACGGAAGAGAAUAUCUAAUAAACCUCGACCACAGAAGGCCAAAAAACUGAAAGUUGAUGAUGUGAUCUGCAAAACUGACAACUUAGAUGGUGGUGAUGGUGGUGGCAUCGAGAUACCAUCAACGAGCACCAUGCAGGGAGGAAGCAGCAUGAAGAAGGGAGAAGAUGAAGAGGACCUUACAUUUGGUGAACCCCCUUUAAAGAAAAUGAAAUCUACAAUGUUUCCUCAGGGACAGCCUGUCAAAACUGCAGGAAAUGUCGUCAAGGUUAAGGAGGACUUGGAAAUGAACUGGGACAUGGUACAGGUUUUAUCAGAAAGGACCAAUAUUGAACCUUGGGUAUGUGCCAAUAUCAUCUGCCUUUUUAAUGAUGAUAAUACAAUUCCCUUCAUUGCCCGUUAUCGAAAAGAGCUCAUUAACAAUCUUGAUGCUGAUGCUUUGCGAGAAGUACAACAGUUUCUGGAGGAGUUGAGGACCGUUACAAAGAAGACUCAUGCCACAAUCCAGAAGAUUAAAAAGGAAGGGAAACUAUCAGAAUCCUUGUUAACAGCCUUGUUAAAUUGUAGAACUUUAGAAGAAUUAGACCAUGUGUCAGCCCCGUAUAAAACUGGGAGCAAAGGUACCAAGGCUCAAAGAGCCAAACAACUGGGAUUAGAAGGAGCAGCAAAGAUGCUACUUGAAAAUCCGGGGGCACUUAAUCUGCUCUCCUUUGUGAAACCCAGUGUGAAAGGACUUUCAACUCUUCAGGAGAUCGAAACAGGAGUGCAGCAUAUCUUAGCUGACAUGUUUGCUAAAGAUAAAGACACGUUGGAUUUUAUCAGGAAACUGUGCUCACGUAGGUCUAUUUAUAUUCAGUCCUCUUUGGCAAAGUUGUCAUCCAAGAAUGAAAGAGAGAAAGAUAUCAAUAAAUUUCAGCUUUACCAGAACUUUUCAUGCAAUAUAAAGAAUAUUCAGCAUCAUCAGAUUCUGGCCAUUAACCGAGGGGAAAAUUUGAAGAUCCUGACAGUGAAGGUCAAUAUUCCUGAUAGUGUGAAGAAUGAAUUCUGUAAUUGGUGUAUCCAGAACAGGUGGAGACCUUUACGAUUUGCCAGGCCAGAACUGAUGAAGAUCUUACAUGAUUCAGUAGAAGAUUCCUACAAACGCCUCAUUUAUCCUCUCCUCUGUAGAGAAUACAGAUCAAAACUCACAUCAGAUGCGGAGAAGGAAUCAAUCAUGAUGUUUGGAAGAAACCUCAGACAGCUGCUUUUAACAAGCCCUGUUCCAGGGCGAACCUUGAUGGGAGUGGAUCCUGGAUACAAGCAUGGUUGCAAGUUAGCUAUUAUUUCUCCUACCAGUCAGAUACUUCAUACUGAUGUUGUCUACUUGCAUUCAGGACAAGGAUUCCGAGAAGCAGAGAAGAUAAAAAGGCUGUUGCUGAAUUUUAACUGCAGCACUGUAGUGAUUGGAAAUGGGACUGCCUGCCGUGAAACAGAAGCUUACUUUGCAGACCUGAUAAUGAAAAAAUAUUUUGCACCACUAGAUGUUGUUUACUGCAUUGUCAGUGAAGCAGGAGCAUCAAUCUACAGUGUCAGUCCUGAAGCUAACAAAGAGAUGCCAGGCCUAGACCCUAAUUUGAGAAGUGCUGUUUCCAUAGCAAGACGUGUACAAGAUCCGUUAGCUGAGCUAGUGAAAAUUGAGCCGAAGCACAUUGGAGUUGGAAUGUAUCAGCAUGAUGUGUCCCAGACUUUACUGAAAGCCACUCUGGAUAGUGUGGUGGAAGAGUGUGUCAGCUUUGUGGGAGUGGAUAUCAACAUCUGUUCAGAAAUUCUAUUAAGGCACAUUGCAGGACUGAAUGCCAGCCGGGCCAAAAACAUCAUUGAAUGGCGAGAGAAAAAUGGGCCUUUCAUUAAUCGGGAGCAACUGAAGAAUGUGAAAGGGCUGGGUCCCAAAUCUUUUCAACAGUGUGCAGGUUUUAUCAGAUUCAAUCAAGAUUACAUCAGAACGUUCUGCAGCAGUCUGCAAAAUGAAUCUUCAUCAGGGGAUCAAGUCCUGAGCAUUGCUGUGACAACUCCAAUGGUUGUUCAGUUUACAGAUGAAAAACAAGGCAAGAAAAAGAGCAAAACAGCCCCUAAAGCUGCACUGAAGCCAAAUCCUUUGGACCAAACGUGUAUCCACCCAGAAUCAUAUGACAUAGCUAUGAGGUUUUUAUCUCUCGUUGGUGGCAACCUCUGUGAAAUCGGAAAGCCUGAAAUGCAGCAGAAAAUAAAUUCACUUCUUCAAAAGGAAGGAGUAGAAGAAAUUGCUGAAAGUUUGAAAACAACAGUGCAUACAUUGCAAAUCAUCAUUGAUGGUUUGAGUCAGCCUGAGAGCUUUGACUUCCGAACAGAUUUCGAUAAACCUGACUUCAAGAGGAGCAUAGUCUGCCUAGAAGAUCUGAAUGUUGGGACAGUUCUCACUGGAAAAGUCGAGAAUGCUACUCUCUUUGGGAUUUUUGUGGAUAUAGGAGUGGGCAAGUCAGGGCUGAUUCCAAUCCGAAAUGUUACAGAAGCAAAGCUUUCUAAAGUGAAGAAGAGGAGGAGUCUUGGGCUGGGCCCUGGUGAGAGAGUGGAAGUCAGAGUGAUCAAUAUUGAUAUUCCUCGAUCUAGGAUAACUCUAGAUCUCAUUCGUGUUUUGUGAGCAUCUCACUGGACACCAAAUUUUAAUUUCAUUUUUACUAAUCGUAGCUCAGAUACAUGAGAACUUAUCCAGGGAUUAGAAACAAGUCAUGUUAUCAGGUGUUUCCUGAACAUGCCCCUUCUUAGUUGCUGCCUGUUUUAUAACUAAGGAGACUGAAUAUUUCUUCUUGAACAACUUGCUGUAUAUCCCCUCAGGGGAGACAUAUGCCAAAGAGCCUCACUUGACCCAUUGGGUGAAACUUUUCUGAGUGAAAUUGGCUUAUCAUUAGUAGAUAUUUAGCCAUUUCUCCAACUCUUUAGAAAACCAUUUCACUUUUUGUACAGCACAAGUCUCCUCUCCAGGCCUGUCUUCUGGUGACCUUUGAAGGAUAGGGUGGUUCUCUGCAUAGUUGAGUUCAGUGGUGUGAGUUAUGAGUCAGGCAUGAGUCCAGUUUAUGAGUUAUAUAUGACAUUUCACCAGUACUCUGUAAUUGCGGUAUAUAAAUACAUUGUUCAUUGCCCUUCUAAACUACAACUUUCUACAGAUCAAGUGUGUCUGUAGCUUUGAGUUCAGAAAGUUAUUGAAGGAAUCAUGUGUUUUACUCUCUAUAAUAAAACUUUCAUGCAGUAAA